AUGAAGUCCGCUGCCAUCUACGCCCCGCUCGCCGCCGCGGCCCUCGCCCAGGCGUUCACCAUCAACACGCCGGCGUCGGUCACGCAGUGCCAGCCGACCCUCAUCAGCUGGGACGCGAGUGACUCGACGGCGCCGUACUACCUCAGCAUCCUCCCGGGUGAAAACCCCUCGGGCCAGCCGCUGAAGCAGUUCGACGUCUCCGACGGUUCUUCCUACUCCUGGAACACCGACAUUGCGGGCGGCACCUCUAUCGGCUUCACCCUCAAGGACUCGACGGGCAAGACGGUCCAGUCCGCCCCCGUCACCGUCCAGAACAGCUCGGAUGACAGCUGCUUGAACGGCUCGUCUUCCAGCGGGUCCGCCUCGAGCGCCGCGUCUACCACUGCGGCGUCGACCUCCGGGUCUUCCUCGGACUCGAGCAGCGCCUCGAGCGCGGUCUCCACGACUGCCUCGAGCAGCGCCGCGUCCACGACGGCCACCUCCGCUGUAACCUCUAGCCGCGCGACGACCUCCUCGGGCACCUCGUCUCGCUCGUCCACGAGCACGAGCAGCAGCGCGUCCGCGUCUGCGUCGUCUAGCGACGAUGAGAACGGUGCGCUCGUCAACGGCGCGUCCCUCGGCGUCGCCGGUGCCGUCGCGGCCCUCGUCGCCUUCAUGGCUUAA